AAAAUUCGAGUAAUACUCAACAUGUGAGAAGAAAACAUUGGUUAAUAAUUGGCAUUAGUUCUGAUUAAAAACAUAAUGCAGAAAGAUGCAGAAGAAUUGCAUAAUUGUGAACACACAAAUUAAGGAUUAAGGUGAUCGUAUCAGAUUCUUCAAUCAUGAGUGGUGACUCUUGACUAGAUAAAUUGGGCCAAGUUUCCAGCCCAUAAUUGGAGUUAUACACCCAACUAAACGGGCCCCCAGAUGAGGGCUCUUACACCUACACAUUCGGCGGCUCUCACAGUCACAGUGUCACUUGUGGAUUGCUUCUCCUCUGCCAUAAUCUCAUUCCUUUCGGCUCAUCAACUCUGAAGUCAUGGGGAAGACACGUGGUAUGGGAGCUGGGCGCAAGCUUAAGUCCCACCGCAUUAGGCAAAGAUGGGCCGAUAAGGCUUACAAGAAAUCUCAUCUGGGUAAUGAGUGGAAGAAGCCAUUUGCUGGUUCAUCUCAUGCUAAGGGAAUUGUGCUCGAGAAAAUAGGUAUCGAGGCUAAGCAACCAAACUCUGCUAUCCGUAAAUGUGCUCGUGUGCAGCUGAUCAAGAACGGGAAAAAGAUUGCUGCUUUUGUUCCUAAUGACGGUUGUUUGAACUAUAUUGAGGAAAACGAUGAGGUUUUAAUUGCCGGAUUUGGACGAAAGGGGCAUGCCGUGGGAGAUAUUCCCGGUGUUAGGUUUAAGGUGGUGAAAGUGUCUGGAGUUUCACUUUUGGCUCUUUUCAAGGAGAAGAAGGAAAAGCCUAGGUCUUAAGCUUUUCUGUUGUUUCUUUUGUAGCUGAGCUGAGUUUGGUUGGGUUUUUCGAUUUUGGUGAAUUUGUCCUAAUGUUUUUAUUCAAUUCUGUGGACGAUAUUCUCGUUUUUUAUUAGCUUUAUGUACAAGAGUUGUACUUGAGUUUCACAUUAUUCAUUUGCCACCCAAUUUAUAGCUUAUAAACGCUAUGAAAUUUCGACUAUGGUACGCUUGACUAAAAUUACGUGGUGGUUCUUGUUUUAUGUCAAGUAGAAUGUUGUUCUAUAACUUGUGGGAUUGCAGGUGAAAAAAACAGAUGCUGUCUUGUGAUUUUUGAGUCUGUUUGCUCGUGAAUAUAGUUCAAUCAUUUGUUUUUU